AUGUGCUUGACGCAAUCACAGCGGCUUGCAAAUAUUGCUGGCGCAUCAAUGCUUACAAAACAGACUUCAGCAAAAAUUACAUGUGAAAGCGCAACGUUCACUCAUCAGUUUCAUCCAUCUUGGAACACGACAGUACGGCAAGUAAUCCUUACAGUCCCGGCCAGAUCACGACAGUUACAGCGCGAGCAUGUCUUCACGCAGUUCGGCCUGUUAGCUUCUGAACAAUUUGCUCUGGUGCAACCGGAGACCUUAUCCGCACAGCAUUCUUUACCCACGCCACAUGAGCCUUUGCAACUGAACCGCAUUUGCAAAGCAGUUUUCGAGCCGCUGCAUAACCCCAACGAUGCAUAUCUGACACAGUUUGCAUGA